AUGGAAAGGGCAAGAUGGGACCGUCUGAAGUCUACCAACCCACGCCUAGCUGCCAAGAUAGAGGCCAAGGCUAGUAAAGAUGUCUUAGAAGCUGGAGACCCAGAGGAAUCUGAAUCGUCAUCUGAUGAUGAAGACGAGGACGACGGGGACGCGGCCCUGCAGGACAACCAGACGUUCCUCAGUGUGCUCUCAAAGAUCAAAAGCCGUGAUCAAGCCCUGUAUGAUGGCAGCACAAAGCUGUUUCCAGACGAGCUCUCGGACGAGGAGGGCUCAGACAAGGACGCCCCUGCAGCGAAGGAGAGGCCAGCCCUCCUUAAGGAUGUCCUGGCUCGACAGGCAUUGAUGGGAGAGGAGAGCACCAGUGAUGAGGAAGACACUCGGAUUGAGCCCAGAGGGCCAACCUAUGUGGAGGAGCAGGAGCAGUUCCGAAGGUCCUUCCUUGAGGAAGCAUCCAAGGCUCUGGCAGCUGAGGGAGAUGGGGACAAGGAAUUCGGAGGCGUUCUGAAGAAGCAGAAGCGGAGGAGUGAUGUGGCUGAGGACUUGGGCACGAGUGGGGAUCCCAAGGAAGCACCAGAGAAGACGCAGGAGCUGCUGGACGCCUACUUUGGCAAGGAUGACCAGCUGGCAGAGGAUGAGCGCUUCCUGAAGCACUACAUGCUCAACAAGGGAUGGAUUGACAAGGAGGACGAGCCGCUAGACGAUGAAGACAUAGGGGAGGACGCGGAGUACCUGGAGCAGGCCGAGCGAUUUGAAGCGCGCUACAACCAUCGCUUUGAGGAGCCGGGCGCAGGGAGCGUGAUAACGUAUCCGCGCAACCUGGAGGGCGUCGUGCGCAAGAAGGAUGACCGACGGCGCACAGCCCGGGAGGCGCGCGCCGAGCGCAAGGCCGCGGAAGUCACCGCCCUUGAGGAGGAAGUCAAGCGCCGCAAGGCCGAGAAACGACGCGAGCUCGACCAACGGCUGGACAGGAUCAAGGAUGCGUCUGGGGGCACUGUCACGAACAAGAUGCUGCUGAAGAUGCUGGGCAAGCAGGACUUUGACAUGGAGGAGUAUGACAGGGCCAUGGCAGCCGCCUUUGACGACUCCUACUAUGAGGCUGAGGAUGAGGAGCUGGCUGUGGCAGCAGACGAGAGUGGCAGCGAUGCUGCUGACGAGCCCGCCCUGGCAGAUCUGCCUGAGAUCGACCGGGAUGAGGAUGAGGAGGAGGCUGCAAGGGGGCUGCCGGCGCUGGAGGAGGAGAGGGUGGAGCUGACCCAGAUGGUGGAGGAGUAUGAGAAGCUGGAUGCUGAGGACUUUGUGGGGGGCAUGCCGACCCGCUUCCGCUACCGUGAGGUGCCGGCGGCGUCGUAUGGGCUGAACAUUCUGGAGGUGCUGCGGGCGCCGGAGAAGGACCUGAACCAGGUGGUGGGCAUGAAGAAGCUGGCGCCCUACCGCGAGGACGGCGGCCUCGUCAGACCCAACUACGCCAAGCUGCGCCAGAUGCAGGAGGAGACUGAGGCGGCAGCGCAGCGCAAGCAGCAGCGGAUGGAGAAGGCGAAGAGCUCAGUGAAGCUUAAGGCAGAGUUUCCUCGAAGUGGCGGUCAGGCGCCAGCCGCGGCAAUUGCUGGUGGCAAACAGGCAAUUGCAGCAACAGAGCCUGCCCAGCAGCCAAAGAAGAAGAGAAAGGCCGCCGUGGAAGAGGCUACUGCCCCUGCCAAACCGCACAAACCCGGCAAGAAAGCGCGCGUGGGAGAGGCACAGCAAGUGGCUCCAGAUGUUGGGCGCACAGAGAGCAAGAAGCAGCAGCAGCAGUCAGAGUCACUCCCUGCUGACGAUGCACUGGACAGCGAGGAGCUUCAGCCUGGCGUGCAGAAGGACGAGCAGGCAGCAGCCGCAAAGCAGCAAUCCAGGCUGGCCUCGUUUGCAAAGCCCACGCUGGCCAAGCCGGACAAAGGCAAGGCCAAGAAGAGGAAGGAGGCGCAGCAACCGGCGCCUGCCAUGCCCGAGGGGGUGCAGCUGACAAAGGCCCAGCGCAAAAACCUGUGGCGCCAAAAAAGGCGUGCAAUGUUGAAGCAGGGCGAAUGA